AUAAAACAUGUCUACUGUGUUAUCAAACGAAGCCCAACUGCGCUAUGUAAUAGAAUGGUUUCAAGAGUGGUCAGAAAUGCAAAGAAGUGACUUUUUAAGUGUACUUCUGGAACAAUGUGGACCUUCAGGUCUUGUCAAUGGACUGCUGUCCAAAAUGGAAAAUUUGGGAUAUUCUGAAGGAUCUGACAGACCUCCAAGCCUCUUUCAAUGUCGUGUGAAACUCUUUAGAGAAUGGAGCAAUAAUUGGUCUCAGCAAGAAAAGGAUUCUUUACUUUUGUCCAUUAAAAAUACUGACCCUACAUUUGCAACAAAAUAUGAAGAAAAACUGGCAGCUUUAGUGAGUGAAGAUAAAAAAUCAUAAAUAAACAGCCAAAAAUAAUUAAUACAAUCUUUACAAUUUGCCAUGUGUCCUGGCAAAUGUGAACUUUUUUCAUUGAAUUAGAAAUUAAGAUAAAAUACAUUUUAAAUGAAAAGGCAUACGAUCAAAAUAUAAUAGAGUUUAUUAGUUUUAUUUAUAUAAUUAAAACUAUUGGAUUUUGGAGUAAUUUAUGGUGAAAGAUAAUUGAAAUUAUUUAAAUGCUUCUCAUAUACGUACAUUCCAGCAUUGUCUAGUAUGUAACAAAAGAUGUUUUUAGUACAGUGUUUGAAUUCAAGUACAAUAACUACAAAUCAUUGAAAAAGAUGUAUUAUUUUGUUUAUGAAAAUAGACGUAUUUUAUUAAGUGUUUAAA